AACGGUGUCUCCAAAGUCCUCUGAGCACACCAUUCCCUUCUCGAUCGGCCUGCUGUUCUUCGCACGAGAAACCCAAGGAAGGCCUGCUCCGUCUCUUUCUCUAGGGGCGGCAAGAUGAACAAUCUUCUCACGGAUUCCUUUGAAAGCGAAGAGAAGCCAGAAAGGGAGAGGGACGUUGAGAUGGGGAAUCGAAAUCCCAAGGACAACUCUGAUUAUGGUCUCAAAGACUUCUUUGAAGAGGUCAAAGAUAUUGAAAUGCUUUUGGAUAAGAUGUCCAAUAUAGUUCACAAGCUUCAGGAAGCUAAUGAGGAGUCAAAGUCAGUCACUAAGGCGUCUGCAAUGAAAGCGAUCAAAGGCCGCAUGGAGAAGGACAUUGAUGAAGUAGGGAAGAUCGCACGCAACGUAAAAGUGAAGUUGGAACAAAUGGACAGAAAUAAUCUUGAGAACAGAAAGAAGCCAGGGUGUGGGAAGGGCACGAGCGUAGAUCGAUCAAGGAUGUCAAUGACCAUUGCAUUGAAGAAGAAGCUGAAAGAAAGAAUGAACGAUUUCCAGAAUCUAAGGCAAACCAUACAAGAAGAGUACCGAGAAGUUGUAGAGAGGAGGAUCUUCACAGUCACCGGAACAAAGCCUUCUGAAGAGGUGAUCGACCGUCUCAUUGAGACUGGCAGCAGUGAGCAGAUCUUCGAGAGAGCAAUUCAGGGACGAGGGCAGAUUCUUGCAACAGUUGAAGAAAUUCAGGAACGUCAUGAUGCAGUCAUGGAGAUUGAGAAAAGGCUUAUGGAACUGCAACAGAUUUUCGCAGACAUGGCAGCACUCGUUGAUGCACAAGGAGAGAUUCUAGACAAUAUAGAGAAUCAGGUUCAAAAUGCUGUGAACCAUGUGGUUACUGGUACUGAAGCUCUACGCACUGCAAAGAGCCUGCAGAAGAAAUCAAGAAAGUGCAUGAUGAUUGCAAUUAUCAUUCUGAUUAUAAUUGCUGUCAUCAUUGUCCUUUCCAUUUUAAAGCCUUGGGCUAAGUAAAGGAGGGGGGCAGAAAAGAAAUAUACUAUGUCUUCUGUUGCGUGUUUUGUAAAUCUAGGCUAGUACAGUUCUUGUGAGUUGCGACACCUCUCUUGGCUAUUACACUCUGAUAGUUUUAUUUAUGUGCUUGAAAAAGCGUCAUAAAAGCCAAAAAGUUUACAUUGGAUGUACAUUAAUAGCCUUUCUCAGAACCUCUACUGAAGGAAACUUCAUCCCAAUCUUGAAAAUUGGGUUGUUGACAUCCUCAGGUCUGAAUGAUUUCAAAUUCUUGCCAACCUCAGCUUCUCUAUCUGAUUCAGGCAACUCUAGCUCUUCAUCAUCAGUAGAUAGCUGAUCCCAAUCUCUUUGUGUAGUGUCUGACUCCAUCACAUUGUACCUUAUUAUACCACUCUUCUUUCCCUUGGAGAUAUUCUUGCCCCUGCCAACACCAUUAUCGAUAACUGUUUCAUCCACAUUGUCAUAGAAUAGGUCAUCAUCAUCAUUUUGUACCUCAUAUUCUGAGUCAACAAAGUCUGAAUUUUCAGUAUCAUCAUCCUCAAUACCAGCCUCUGAUCCUACCCCUAUAUCACCUCCACUACUGCUCUGUAUGUUAUUGUAGAAUGAAGGUAGCCUCUCAUCAAAUCUCAUGGGAAUGUGCUCUACUUUUUUAGGGUUUAACACCUUAGGCAAUGAGGAAACAGGGUUCACAACUGUAUCUUUCCAGUUACUAUUGGAUACAUGGUUGUGAUGAUCAUAA